UCUCGGGCGUGCCAUCACCACGUGAAGGGGAAGGCAGCUGGGUCCUAAGGACGUCCGUUCCCUGAAGCGUCGGCGUGCCAAGGCAGAGCGGCGUUCAGACUACAAGCCCUCCCUCCUCUCUCUUGGCGUCGGCUGCCUCAGUGUUUCCGAGAUCCUCUCCUUGCUGGCUCUCCCGUUCACCCCGGAGCCUCCCAGGCUGCGUGGGGCCGGAGUCUGCACUGUGGAGAAACAGGCAGGUCGUUACAGAGCCCGGAAAGGCACCGGCUUCGAUCCGUCUCCCUCGUGACCGAUCACCUUCCCAAACAGCUGUCCUCCGUCCGCCCCGCCGGACCCUCUCGAGCGGUCUUGGCGCAGGGGGAACCGUGGCCGCAGGGUCGGUGGGAAAGGGAGACGGCUCCGUCCCGUGGCUGCCAGCUGCCUCCUGCACCGUGCACGCUUGGUUUUGCUUCUCUCCGAGCCCGGCGUCUCCCCGCCCUGUUUACUUCAUCCCAGCGCGGUGUUUUUCCACCGUCGUUCUCCGGGCAGGGCUCGCUUGCCCCGCCAGCUCUUGCUCGGCAGGCUCCUCUCCCCGGCAGAGUGAUUUACGAGGCCUGGGCUGAGCGAUUUCAGAUGUCCAGGCCGCCCGAGGAGGAGUUCGGCUCUCCAAGGGACUGGCAGCGGGACCGGGGAGAUCCUCUUGCAGAUCCAGUAAUGAUGAAUGGUUCCAACGUGGCCAACACGACGACGUCCAGCACGAAAUCCAAAGAGGACCAGGUCGUGAACGGGCAUGAAGAGAAGGAGAACAACCCUUUCGCCGAGUACAUGUGGAUGGAGAACGAGGAGGAUUUCAACAGACAGGUGGAAGAGGAGCUGCAGGAGCAGGAGUUCCUCGACCGCUGCUUCCAGGAGAUGCUGGACGAAGAGGACCAGGACUGGUUCAUUCCAUCGCGCGACCUGCCUCAAGGCAUCGGGCAGCUGCAGCAGCAGUUGAACGGGCUCUCGGUUAGCGACAGUCACAGCUCAGAGGACAUUCUGAGCAAAAGCAACUUAAACCCCGAUGCCAAGGAGUUUGUGCCCGGAGUGAAGUACUGACCCUCGAGGCAACCUUUGGAAGGACUGCGGCCCUGGCUUUGGGGUGGGAGGGGGCGGGGGCUGCCGCACACGGGAGCUGGGAGAGCAUCUCCGGGCGACUUGAACCCGGCCCUGCGCGGCGGCGCUGCGACGCAGGGAAGCCUUGCUCUAGAAGCUUCUCGAGUCCCUUUUUUUUUUUUUUUUUAAUCGUUAUUUUUUUUCCUUCCUCUAUCGUUUUCUCGGCAGUUUGCUUGCUAGGGCCGGGGGCCGGGCCAUCACCACCCCUGCUGCAGCCAGGGGUCGUUUGGGCACACGCUUCAGACCAGCUAAUGUGGAGGCCGUCUGGGGAGUGACGGCGUUUCGGGGCUCCCCUCGAGGCGGAUCGGGGCCGGCGGGUCUGCUUAGUCGGGGUCGCGGGAAGGUGCCGUGGGAGAGACGGCUUCCACUCAGCUUCCUUCUACCCUGCGGGGUUUUCCAGCUCCGGUCGCGCGGACGCUACUCCGAGCCCCUUGCGGCUGCUAGAGAGGGGAGCCCGGCUGCUCUCGGCCUCGGUGCAUGCUCUCAAGCGAAGGAGCCCAGAUGUGCAAGAAACCAAGCCGCCCCCUUCUUCCUCCUUCACCAGGGAAAUGUCUUCUCCAACAUCCAUACUCCUCGUCUUCGGGCCUCGGGCUCUUACAUGGCCGACAGGCGGCUGAGACCUGUCCCCGGGCCCCCCCGGCUCCUGCUUUGUAUGGAGAGAAGGCAAAAUUAUCCUCCUUAAAAUCCACGUCCAGCAACAAAGGUCAAUUCUCCUCGUGUCCCGGGGGCCAUUCGGGGCCCCAUGGUCCGGCACGGGCCCUCAAAGACAACCUGUUGGGGCGGCUUGAAGAAGCCACCGUCCUUGUUUUCCCCAACAAGGCUGGGGAGGAAACCCACCGGGGUCUCCAGCCGGCGCCCUGCCCUUGUCGGAGCCGGCUGCCUUCCGCCUCUCGGAGAAGAUGGUGCCCAAUGGCUGUCAGGCAGGAAUCGAUGCCCGUCCUCCAUGCUGUCUGCAUGGGGUGGAUGGCCAAAGUCCCGCUUUGACUUGGCAGAAGUCGUGGGACAGGGUAUAGGGAGCCCUCAGCAGCACGGGGGAGGGAAGAGCUAGUCGGGGGGCAGGCUCCGCCAUCUUGUCGGGGGUGGGUGCCGCCAUCUUGUCAAGGGUCGAGCUCUGCCAUCUUGUUUUGGCCAGGCCCUGCCAUCUUCUCAGAGGCCGCGCUUCACCAUCUAGUCCAGGGUGGGAUCCGUCAUCUUGUCCUGGCCGAGCUCUGCUGUCUAGUCUGGGCGGGGCAGGGUCCGCCAUCUUGUUUUGGCCUGGUUCUGCCAUCUUGUCGGGGGUCAUGCUUCAUCAUCUUGUCAGGGGCCGGCUCCGCCAUCUUGUUCUGGCCAGGCUCCGCCAUCUUGUCAGGGGCCAGGCUCCGCCAUCUUGUUCUGGCUGGCGUCCCUUCUCACCGGAGCUGGCCAUGGCUUCUCGGCGUGCAGCCUGCGUGAAAGAAGAGGUGUUUGCCCGUCGCCCAUCAGCACCGCGGAGAGGCCAAGAGACAAGGCGCCCGCUCUUAGGGUCGGGGCGGAGACGGUUCGAUUGGGCUCUGCCCCGUUGCCCGCUCUCCGCUGCAUCUCUUCUGCAAUCCAACGGAGCAUCGCUCGCCCCUUAAACCAGCGCUCGCCCCUUGCAAGCUUCCCCCUGAGCCGGGGCUGCCCUGGGGUCUUGCAGGGACCUGCGUCCAUCUCGCCGCCCGGCGGCGAUUGCAGCGUGCUCCCGUGUUUGUGCAAGAUCCCCGCGGGAGCAGGGAGAGCCGGCUCCAUCGCUCACACGACGUCUGUAUCCGCGGGCCGUUUCCCUGUCCUCCCCGCCUCUGGUUUCUCUCCGACUUGGACGCCCUUUCCCGACACGCUGUACAUUUUUAAGACGACGCAUUGUUACGGAAUAAAACUUUUUGGAGUCGA